UUAAACGGUGCGCUGCUGAAAAACCCCUCACUUUCCCUCCGAAACACAGAGCGCACCAAACAAUGGGAGGAGAAGAAAAACGGCACCAGAUGAUGCAGAAUCUCUUCGGAGAUGAAUCCGACGAGGAAGAAGAGCUCGAAUCCAAUCCUCAACUCAAUUCCGAUGAAGGAGAGGGAGAGGUAGGCCAAAACGGAGAAGGAGAAGAGGAAGGAGAAGGAGAGGUGGAAAUAGAGAGUGAAGGAGAGAGGGAGCAGAUUUCUCAUGAGAUUGAAGAGGAGGUUGGUGAUCAGAGAGAACAAGAGAGAGGAGCUAGGGAUUCGGAUAGUGAUGCUAAAGAUGAUUAUAGUCAGCGCGUUGUUACUAGCCGGCGUAGGGAUGUUGUUGAAAGUGGAUCUGAGGAGAAUCAUUUCAAUGAAAAUGAUGGUGAAGAAGUUGAUGCAGCUAGAAGCUUAAGCAGGUCACCUAGAGAUGAGAAUGAUCAAACUCGUGAUUUGAAUUCUGCCCCGGAAAUCCGUGAUGUAUUUGGUGAUUUUGACGAUGAAGAGGAGGACAUGGGGUAUGCAGCUCAGCAGGACAUUGGACAAGAUUCAAAUAGAUAUCCAGCGGAUGAAGAAGGGAGUUAUGGAAAGAGUCUGAGACCAGAGGAUAUACUUGCUGAUGAAGAUCAUCAAUAUGAAUUAGAGGAGGAAAACAUUGAAAUGAAAACUAAAGAUAAGCCCCUUGGGCCCCCCUUGGAGUUAGAGAUUCCAUUACGUGAACCACCAGCUCUUCCUAAUAAGAUGAACUUGAUUAAAGUUUCCAAUAUCAUGGGUAUUGAUCCAAAACCUUUUGAUCCUAAAACAUAUGAGGAAGAGGAUACCUUUGUAACUGAUGAACUUGGAAACAAGAAGCGCAUACGCUUGGAGAACAAUAUUGUACGUUGGAGAGAAGUCAAAAAUCCUGAUGGCACAACUUCUGUUGAAAGCAAUGCUCGAUUUGUAAGGUGGUCUGAUGGUAGUCUUCAGUUGUUAAUUGGGAAUGAAGUUCUUGACAUAUCAGAGCAGGAUGCCCAGCAUGAUCAAUCACAUCUUUUCCUUAGACAUGGAAAGGGAAUCCUGCAAUCACAAGGAAGGCUAUUACAGAAAAUGAGAUUUAUGCCAUCUUCCUUGUCCUCAAAUUCUCAUCGGUUGUUGACUGCUAUUGUUGACUCAAGGCAGAGGAAGGUUUAUAAGGUUAAAAACUGUGUUACAGACAUUGAUCCUGAGAGGGAAAAGGAGGAAAAAGAAAAGGCUGAAAGUCAAACUAUUAGGGCUAGCGAACUGCUUAGCCGUAAGCGUGACAAGGUGAAUAAAAAAUAUACUCCAACUGACAGGAGGCGUCAACUUUCUCCUGGGUUUUUAGAGGAUGCAUUGGACGAGGAUGAUGAAGCAGAUUACUACGAUCCUCGUCGUAAACAGCGUCACUUUGAGGACGAAUUGGAAGCUGAAGUCCGGGCAGAGAAAAGGAUUAUGAAUGCUAAGAAGUCACAGGGACCAAAGAACAUCCCUCGUAAGUCAUCUAUUCCACCAGCAAAAUCCUCACGGAAUCCAUUGGGUUACCCAUAUGAGAGAGAGGAAUCUGAAUAUGAAACUGAUGAAGACGAAGAAGAAGAAAUACCUCGUUCACGUACGAGGGAUGAUGAUACUGAGCCGGAAUAUGAGGACUCCGAAGAAGAUGAUGAAGAAACCGGCCAAGCCGAUGCUGCUGCUUCAGACGAGGAAGAAGAGGAGGAACCGAAGCAUAAGAGUCGGGAUUUAGAAGGUAAGGUCAAAAGGAAGGGGUUUGGAUCUGAAGAACACUCUCUUCCUAGAAAACCAACCAAUCGGCGAAUGACCAUUGUGUCUGACAGUGACGACGAAUGAAAUUCUGUUCUUGCAAUUGGAAUUUGGAAGGAGCAAUGCUUUUUGCUGCAGCACAAGCUGAGAUGACGACUCGUUUUGCUUUUUCCCUCCUCUAUAUUCAUGCUUAUACAAACUUAAAUUUUAAAGUUAUAGACACAUCAAGAAGAACCACAGGCACACAUCAAUUGGAUGAAGUAUAGGGAGAGGUAGGGCAAGAAGGAGAAGGAGAAGUGGAAGGACAAAGAGAGGUGGAAUUAGAGAGUGAAGGAAAGAGGGAGCAGAUUUCUCAAGAGAUUGAAGUGGAGGUUGGUGACCAGAGAGAAGAAGAGAGUGGAGCUAGGGGUUCGGAUAGUGAUGCUAAAGAUGAUUGUAGUCAGCGCAUUGUUACAAGUAGGCGGAGGGAUGUUGUUGAAAGUGGAUCUGAGGAAAAUCAUUUCGAUAAAAAUGAUGGUGUAGAAGUUGAUGCAGCCAGAAGCCUAAG